AUGGAGAGAACUAAAAGAAGAAAGUUGAAGUUUCCUUGUCUUUUUGGAGGGAUUGACGAACGCUCAAGACGUGAACCUGUUCAAUCUUGGUCCCCUGAUAAUGCCACCGCCAAGCAAAGGAUGUUCAAGUUUGAAGUUGGAAAAAGCCCUUCAAAACAGCGAAAGGGGAAACCAACACAAAAGUUGUCGGCUAGAGGAGUAUCAAAUGAAACCUCAGCCGAAAAAUGUUCACCAAGUAUUUUAGCCAAGCUGAUGGGUAGAGGUGCCCAACAAAGAAGGUUGUCAAACAAUUUUAGUACUAUGAAUAUGAAGGCUGUGAAAGAAGAUCUAGUAGCAUUACAUGUAGCAAAUCAACUUCACUCAUCACUGUCAAUUGCAAAGGUGUCUGACCUCGAGUUUAGUAGAAACGUCGUUCUGAAGCCCAACACAACGAAUACUAAAACAGUUAAGAAUUCUUUUAAGUUUUUUAACGAAAACAUUGAAUGUUCAAGUAAUGUGGCUGGAUGUAAAUACGGAAAUGCUAGAGAGACAAUAAAUGAUAUAGAUAGGCGGAUGAAUGAGGGUUGUGAAAGCGAGGAUAUAAGUUUAUCUGAUUGUGGUUAUAUUGGGGAUGAUAGUUUGCACGUGUUUACAAGUGGCUCUUUUAGUGAGACAGAAGUAAUAGCAACUACUUCUCGAAUUACCAUUGACCGGAAUGAUAGGCUCACACAUUCAUUAUCCAAAAUCUUUGAACGCUCUUUAGUUAUAGAGGCAAAGAACAGAAUUUCAGAAAGAUGGAAGACAACUGGCAGGCAUGAACAUGUAGAAUCAGUCAAUAAAGGUAGUACGUUAAGAGAAAUACUUUCUUUCCCUAAUGAAGAAAUGAGACCCGAGGAGUCAAGCAAUGUGGCGGGUUUGGUUGAGGUCAAUGAUAUAUCUUCCGUGCCUUCAGUACCAAGUAUGGCUUUGGGUAAUUGUGGUGGGAAUGGUCAAAGGGACAGAUGUCUGAUAAGUAUGUCAGAGUCAAUAUCUCUUGUUCCAUCUUCUCCUGACCCAAAUGAUAUGGUAAAUGUCAAUGAUGAAAUCGAUGCUGAUGAGAAGGUGGUGGUGUAUAGCGAGCCCCUAAAACGAAGUAAAAGAGGGGACAUUUCAUUGCAAAAAGUAGGAUACAAUAAAAAGAGUCAUUCCUCUCAACCUGGCAAAAUCUUUAGCACUGAGUUUGGUGUUUGUUUACCGGAAAGUCAAACCAGCAAAGAAUCUACCAAAAUUUCCUUUGGGAAUGAGGGUCCCACUAAGUAUCAGCCAGCAAUUUCAAAUGUCGAUGAUUAUAAUGAUGCUACCUAUGCAGCAUUUCUAUUUGGUGAAGUGUCUGGUUUUAAGAUUGAAACAUCUUUGGAAAGUUUGAACAAGUUGAACGCAAAUCUUGUUAGUCGUGUGGUAGGAGACAUAAAUUCUUCCAGGGUCGAUGAAACUUCACAAAACUAUCAGCUGUCUGGACCUCAAUCUGAAUCUCGUGAAAGCUUUAAGGACGUUGUUCAUAGCCAUCAAUGCUCACUUCUGAAAGCCCUUCCUUCAGAAGAUGUAUCAUCUGAUUCUGACAGCUAUGAGAGACUUUAUUCUCGACUUCAAGAGCUCAGGAAACAGCGUCAUAUGAUGAAAGUGCAGUCGGCGCUAACUUCUAACAACCUCAAACUAACCCCUACAGUUAAAAAACUCAGACAAGGAUCAUCAGGUGCAACCCAAGAGUCAGUCAACUCAGGAUCUUCAUUCACGGCACAAAUUCUACAAGCUUCAGGAAUCAACAGUAUCGACCCUGAUACAUUCACACCUGCAUAUCAGUCAGUUCAUCUUCCUAUUGAUCCAAGGCUAUUUUAUCGCCUUAAAAAGUAUUAUUUUGAAGGAGUAGUGUUAUCACGGUCUGAAAAGUGCCUUGUUCAUGACUAUUUUGAACAAACAUUCAUUAGAACCUCCAAGUCAAUGGUAGCACAGCCAUGGGUCAACCCCGCAAAAAGGAAAGGCCAACUGACACUAAAGAAAUUCAAAAUCGAAGAUCAGAUACGUAAAUUGAUCAAUGAGAUAGACAGGGAAGAUGACGAGAUAUUUUUUGCAGUCAACUGUGACAAAGAUCCAGAGUGGGACCACCCGACUAAUGAAAUGGACAUCUUAGGUAAGCUAAUUGGAGAAUUAGUCCUAAAUGAUUUAGUACUAGAAUUUAUAAAGUUUUAA